GCAACAUUUUAAAAGCCUGGAGCAUGUUAGUGGUAGUGGCAGUGCUUUGCCUUCCCCGCUCGUCUCCGCUCCCCGCCGCCGCCGCCCCGCUCUAAGCCUUAAGUUUGUGUUUUUAAACAUUAAGCUGGCCAAGAUAUCCAAGAUUUUCAAAGGCAUGGAACCUGUGCUGAAAACUGCUCGGAAGACACUACAGAUUGGAACACAUGAUGGUGUCUUUCACUGUGAUGAAGCCUUAGCAUGUUUCAUGUUGAAACAACUACCUCAAUAUAAAAAUUCUGAAAUUGUCAGGACCCGAGAUGAUUCAGUUCUGGAAAAAUGUGAUAUAGUAGUUGAUGUUGGUGGGAAGUAUGACCCAACUACCCAUCGUUAUGACCACCAUCAAAGAGGGUUUGCAGAAACAGGAUCAAGUCUCAUACCUGGAAAACCAUGGAAAAUAAAGCUGAGUAGCGCAGGGCUAGUAUACUGUCACUUUGGACGAGAAAUUAUUCAUCAGCUAGUACCAGAUUUGAAUGAAAAAGAAAUUGAACCUGUAUUCAAUUAUGUUUAUGAAAAAUUUGUUCAAGAGAUUGAUGCAAUAGACAAUGGAGUACCUAUUUGUGAAGGAGAACCAAAGUACAGAAUUUCAACAAACCUAAGUGCUCGGGUUGGGCACCUCAACCCUCCAUGGAAUGCACCUCCUGAAGACCCGAAGUGCAUGGACAGAUUUGAGAAAGCUGUAGCCUUGGUGGGCAGUGAAUUUAUUGAUCGAGUGCAGUAUGCAUCCAGCUCAUGGUGGCCUGCUAGAAAAUAUGUCCUUGAUGCCAUAAAUGAUCGCUUUAAGGUCCACGAAUCUGGACAGAUUAUGGAGCUGAAGACAUUCUGCCCAUGGAAAGAACAUUUCUUUGAACUUGCCAAAGAAUUGGAGAUAGUUCCAAGUAGCAUCAAUUUUGUAUUAUUUAAUGGUACUGAUGGGAGCUGGAGGGUUCAAGGAGUUCCCGAAGAUGCAACAAGUUUUGUUGGGAAGAUUUUUUUGCAUCCUGACUGGAGAGGCCUACGAAGUGAAGAGCUAAGCAAGGUUUCUGGUGUUGAUGGAUGUAUUUUUGCUCAUGCAAGUGGAUUUAUUGGUGGAAAUUCAACAAGAGAUGGGGCAUUGGCCAUGGCAGUGAAGAGUCUAGACCAACCAAUUUAAAGAGCAAAAUAAAUUAUACCUUUUACCUGUUCUCUGUUUCUCUGGAUGUC